UGAGUGACAGCAGCAGGCGCUGCCGCCCUCCAGUCCAGAGAGGAAGGCGGGUGGAUGGAUCCCCGCGUGGCCUGGAUCCAGCCCGAGCAGAAAGGCCCCGCCAAUGCCCUCUGGAUGCAGAUCUGGGAGACCUCGCAGGGGCGCCAUGGCGGCGGCGGCGGCAGCGGCUCCCCGCCCUCCUCGGCCGCCCCCUCCUCCUCCUCCUCCCUCUGCCGCCCCUCCGCCAGGCCGCCCUCGCCGCCUCCGUCCUCCUCCGAGCCUCCCUUGAGGAGGGCGCCUCCUCCGCGGCUGCUGCUGCUGCAGAAGUCUCCCUCGGCCUCCUCCUCCUCGUCGUCCUCGUCCUUCUCCUCAGAGUCCGAUAGCCCUGGGCCUCCUCCUCCUCCUCCUCCUCCUGAAGGGAGCCCCGCGGAGAGAGCGGGGCAGAAGGACCAGGAGGAGGAGGAGGAGAGGGAAGAAGAGGCCUCCUCCUCCUCGGCCCCGAGCUAUCCUUCCUCCCACCUCCAUCACCACCACCACCACCACCAUUACCACCAGUACCACCCGGGCAGGAGGAAACGGGAGAACAAGGCCAGCACCUAUGGCAUGAACUACCUGCUCUCCGCAGGAGCAGCGCCACCAGCAGCAGGGCUGGCCCAGAAGGGCGGCGGGGGCGGGGGUCCCUGCCAGCCCGGCUGCAACCUGGCCCUCCACGGCACGCCUUGGAAAAGCCGGCCCUACAGCCCCGGGAUACAAGGGCUCCAUGAAGAAAUAAUGGAUUUUUAUGACUUUAUGUCCCCUCGUCCUGAAGAAGCAGUUAUGAGAAAGGAAGUAGUGAAGAGAAUAGAAACAGUAAUUAAAGAUCUCUGGCCUACAGCUGAUGUUCAAAUAUUUGGAAGUUUUAGUACAGGGCUGUAUCUACCAACUAGUGAUAUUGAUUUAGUGGUUUUUGGAAAAUGGGAAAGUCCUCCUCUACAGCUGCUGGAACAAGCACUAAGAAAACACAAUGUGGCUGAGCCAUAUUCAAUUAAAGUACUUGACAAAGCUACGGUACCAAUAAUAAAACUUACUGACCAGGAAACAGAAGUUAAAGUUGACAUUAGUUUUAAUGUAGAAACUGGUGUGAAGGCAGCUCAACUUAUCAAAGACUACAUGAAGAAAUACUCAUUGCUGCCUUACUUGAUUUUAGUAUUAAAGCAGUUCCUCCUUCAAAGGGAUUUGAAUGAAGUUUUUACUGGUGGAAUUAGCUCCUACAGCCUAAUUUUAAUGGCAAUUAGUUUCUUACAGUUGCACCCACGGAUUGAUGCUAAGAGAUUGGAUGAAAACCUAGGAAUGCUUCUGAUAGAAUUUUUUGAACUCUAUGGAAGAAAUUUUAAUUACUUGAAAACUGGUAUUAGAAUAAAGAAUGGGGGUGCCUACAUUGCCAAAGAAGAAAUCAUGAAAGUUAUGACAAAUGGAUAUCGGCCAUCUAUGUUAUGUAUUGAAGAUCCUCUUCUGCCUGGAAAUGAUGUUGGAAGAAGUUGUUAUGGUGCCAUGCAAGUAAAGCAAGUUUUCGAUUAUGCCUACAUUGUUCUAAGCCAUGCAGUCUCCCCACUUGCAAGAUCCUAUCCUAACAGAGAUUCAGAAAGCACUUUAGGAAGAAUUAUCAAAGUGACACAAGAAGUGAUUGACUACAGAGCUUGGAUUAAAAAGAAAUGGGGAAACAAAGCUAAUUUGUCAUCUGAUCUUGAUAUACAAAUAAAUGAGCGAGAACCUAUAUCUCCAUGCAACGUAGUCCAGAACGGAGAUGCUGAACGGCUAUGCAACCAACCUUUGACUUUGUCAUUUACUGCUACACAACAGUUGUCGUCAGGCUCAUCUGCCUCUUCUGUGUCAUCUCUUUCUGGGAGUGAUAUUGAUUCAGAUACUCCACCUUGCACAACUCCUAAUAUCUACCACUUCAAUCUACAAGCACCAUCUCAGCUUACAGCUGGUUUACCACCAGUAUUGCCUGUGCCAAGUGGUAAAACUCAGUCUGUGCCUGCAAGAACAUUGAUUAUGUCAACUAAUUAUCAGCAGCACAAUGGAAUUAAAUUUACUGUGAAAGGACCUCAUAAUAAUAAUCAAGGCAACGGAUACAAUUCUGUCAGCAAUGGAGCCAUGAGGCAGCCAGUUGGCAACAGAGGGCACCAUCAACAUAACCGUAAUAUCUGGAGAAGAAAGAAGUAUAGAGACAGUUUGCCUAUUAGCCUUAGCAGAUAAUGGCCAACUUCAGGGUGUCCAAUUCUGACUCCUGUAGUGUGUGUGAAAGUAAUCCUGUGGGACUUGAGACCAUCACUGAGUGCAUCAGUUUGUGGAUGUUGCCAAAUACCUACAUCCAACCUUUGCAUGUUUCUUUGUGUGGUGGUUGAGUCCAUCUUAAAAGAAAUAAUUGUGCUUAUCUGUGAAGCCUUAUUAAAUGUGGAAGUUUGUCUUCUGCCUAUCCAUGAUUACUACAGUGCCGAAGCAGCUCUGGCAGGAAUAUUAUGAGGACCAUAAAUGCUGCAGCAGUUUGCUGUAACUGAAUUUGUUCAUUGGAGAUUGUUUUGUUCUGUCAGAGAAGUAAUGGAUGAUUUGGAUUUUACUUUCUGUUGUUGCAGAUUUUUGUGACUUUGCCAACUGCCUUCCCCUUUUUUUGUUCAAAGUAUUUUGUUACCUUACUCAUAUGAACAUAACUUUUGUGCAAUAACUGAAAAAGUUUAAAACUUUUUUUCAUGUAAGUUAUAUUUAAGGGAUGGAAGACUUGUUGUUUUUUCAUUUGCAGAUCCUUUCCCUGGUUACAUUUUCUAAGUUGGGUUCAAGAUUCUGAUGGGUUAUGUUAACAGUGUUCAGCUCAUCACACUAAUAAUAUCAGAAGCUCCUUAAUUUGCAGAUUGACUGUUGAUCUGGUUUAAAUGUUUCUAAAAUGUAUUGAGCUACAAGGUAUUUUGACCCUUUCAUUUAGCUCACUAGUCUGGCAUGUAGUACUAACUCAGCACUAGUUAAUGUUUUUAGAUACAAUCCAGUCCUCUUGCAUUGUUCAUAUUUGUUUCAAUGGGAAUCAUGCAGGGGGAUCUGAAACUUCAGUUUAUCCUUACAAUUUGGACAAAGAUUGGCAGAAAAUUCCAAUCUUUUAGGAUAAAGAUGGCUAAGUCUGCCUUCUAAAUUGCAAAUUACAAAUUAUCUUCAUCCGUUUUAUUUACCUCUGAUUGGUUGGGCCCAAGCAUUGUUUCUGGAUAAAGUAUCCAACUUAAGGAAUGUUUAGAAAGGAAUGUAUAUUGAUUCCAUGGAGGAAUCUGAUUGGCAGCGUGCACUAGUUCUGUUAAGAGCAACUGUACCUGAAAUGUACCUUCUGGCUUCUUUGUGCAUUUUAAAGUAUUAGUCUGUUGUCUUAUCCAAGACUGGGCAGAAUUCAACUGGGUCAUUCAACUGAUGGAGUUGAUUCCAUCAUUGAAACUGAGAGGAGGGCAAUUCUCCCUUCCCCUCUUCCAUCUAACCCAUUGCACACUCUCAAAAUGUUCUCCAACUUAGCUGGAAACCGUGUGGAGCAGGUUUGGGGGGUGGCAUGCAAGACUAUGGAGAGGGGAGAGGAAGACAGUUCCACUGCAAAGCAGGUGUCCUUUAGUGCAACGUUGGAUUUAGGCCAAUAUUUAUGUGGCAGACGGUUGAUUUAAGAUGCAUACAGGUAUACUAUGCAAGUGUGUAUUGCCAUGGCAACCUCUGUUAACUUUUUAAAAUAAGAACAUGUACAGCUUGCGUAGCCCUCUGUUUUUUUAAAAGUGCCACACUCUAAUUUUCAGUGGCUGCAUCUUGUCAUGUUUUCCUUUUUCUUUAAAUAGUGUUAAGUCUCCAGUGCACCAUGUUAGUAAUUUUUUCUUGACAGGGAGUUUAGAAAGAAACCUCAUAAUGGUGUGCAGAAGCAAAUAUUCUUAAAACUGAUAUUUGAAUGUUUGACAGGGAAUAGUAAUAGUAAGCUUUAAUAUCUGCAGGUAUGCCUUGGAAGCAGGUGUGACACAUUGUAAAGAAAAGUUGUCAAAAUAAUGCUAGGCCUUUGGGUAGUGAAGACAACAACAUUCCAAAACAGAGUAGCACACAUUUUGUAUGAAGUUCAUCCUGAUCCCGAGUUAAUCGCAAACAAAAGUUUGUAGAUUUCCUGAUCUGUUAUUAAAGAAUAGUCAUAUUCGUAUUGACUGUAUGUCAAUUGACAGGCAUAAAGUGUAUGACAUACUGAAUCGGUGUCUGUUGGAAAAUGUAUAUAGUUUGCCAAAGACAAGGCAAACACAAACAAGACAGAGGCUUUGAAAAUGCACACUGUGACAAUUGGGCAGCCUGCAGCUGGAGAUGAACAAUUAGUACUAUCGGUAAUCAGUCAUACGCAACAGUAUAUUACAUCCUCUGGAGAUAAUACUUAGACACUGGGGUUGGAAUCCCCUCCUCCCACACACUAAGGUUUUUCUGAUUCCUACCCCCACUUCUUAAUCCAUCUUCUGGAGGAGUUUUUGUUUUUAAGCAGCAUUUAAAACAGUACAUGGGAUGCAAACAGAAAUGGUUGUGUGCCCCUUCUGCACAAGCAAAAGUGCACAAAGUUCUUGGGAUCCUUGCUGUUAUAAAUGCUGCUCUAGGCAAACAGUUUUACAAAUGAUCAGUAAACAACAUUUGGGUUUUGAAUUGACACAUUUCAGCCCUGCCUGACACUGCAGCUGUAACUUUGAUUUCACCAUUUUUUAGAACCUUCUGAAAGGUUUUAAGAGAUGCUGGUACAAUAUGGGACUUAAACUUGAAUAAAACAGUAUUCAAGGGCUGUUUAUUGAUCUGUACUCUUACAUGCUAGCAAUAUUGACUAUGAACCUACAUUAUGGAAAUCCUGGUGUCCUAAAUAGUGUCAUUUUAAAAGCAGGAUAGGCUUAAGAGAAGCAUAUAUCAUGUUCCAUUUCAGUCAUGGUGAUCCAAUAAAUUGCACUGGCUACCACUCUGGUUAUGUUCUAUGCCACUGUGGAUAGCUGAUUAAAAUAUCAUGUUAUUCUUUUUGUCUGUAUAACAAUGUGGGAAGCUAAAAUACAUAUUUUUAUGUGAAGUUUUGUAUUCUUUGAUUUUUAAUAAAUUUUCAAG